GAAAUACAUUGUUAAGAAAGAUUUUCAACACACAAAUGUGUCAUUUCCUUUCUUCAUAUGCCCUGCUGAAAUAUUAUGUGAUAAAGCUUUGAGGUUUCAGUUGUUAAGAGAGGGAAGUGGAUAAAUCAGUGCUGCCGUCUUUGGGACACACGAAGUAUGGACCAGUGGGAUAACUUUCUGGAUCAGCAGGAGGACACUAAGAGCUGUACAGAGUCUGUGAGGUUUGAUGCUCGCUCCAUGACAGCUUUGCUUCCUCCGAAUCCUACAAACGGCCCAACCCUUCAAGAGAAGAUGAAGUCUCUCAAAGCCGCACUGAUCGCCCUUUACCUCCUCGUGUUCGUAGUGCUUGUUCCUAUCUUCGGAAUCAUGGCAGCGCAGCUCCUGAAGUGGGAAAUGAAGAAUUGCACAUUUGGUUCAAUUAGUGCAAAUGAUGUGUAUGCAAGUCUCGCAGGAAAAGGAAACGACAGUGAAGAUGAAAUAAGAUUUCAAGAAGUCGUUACAGAACACAUGAGCAACCUGGAGAAGAGAACCCAGUAUCUUUCAGAUAACCAAGCCAAUUUCAUAGAUUCUGAGAAUUUCCAAAAUUUCAGUGUAGUGACUGAUCAAAGAUUUAAUGAUGUUUUUCUCCAGCUAAGUACCUUGGCUUCCUUCAUCCAGGGACAUGGAAAUGCAAUAAGUGAAAUCUCCAAUUCGUUGAUAAGUCUGAACACCACAUUGCUUGAUUUGCAGCUUACUAUUGAGACACUGAAUGGCAAAGUCCAAGAGAAUGCAUUUAAACAACAAGAGGGGAUGAGCAAAUUGGAGGAGCGUGUGUACAAUGCAUCAGCAGAAAUUAUGUCUCUGAACGAAAAACAAGUGCAUUUGGAACAGGAAAUAAAAAGAGAAGUGAAACUGUUGAAUAACAUCACUAAUGAUCUCAGGCUGAAGGACUGGGAACAUUCUCAGACCCUGAAAAAUAUCACUUUAAUUCAAGGUCCUCCUGGACCUCCAGGUGAGAAAGGAGAUAGAGGUUCCAUCGGAGAAGUUGGUCCACGAGGCGUUCCAGGUCCAGUAGGUCCUCCAGGUCUCAAAGGUGAUCGAGGAUCGAUUGGCUUUCCUGGAAGUCGAGGAUUCUCAGGAACACCGGGAAGACCAGGAAAUCCUGGACAGAAAGGCCAGAAGGGGGAAAAAGGGAGUAGAAGCACGCUAACAUUAUCUAAGACAGUUCGACUCGUUGGUGGUAGUGGCCCUCAUGAAGGCAGAGUGGAAAUUUUCCAUGAUGGCCAGUGGGGUACCAUUUGUGACGACCGCUGGGAAUUGCGUGUUGGACAGGUCAUCUGUAGGAGUUUGGGAUACCAAGGUGUUCAGAAUGUGCAUAAGGAUGCUCAUUUUGGACAAGGUACUGGUCCAAUAUGGCUGAAUGAAGUAUUUUGUUUUGGGAGAGAAUCAUCAAUUGAAGAGUGCAGAAUUAAACAGUGGGGUGUAAGAGCCUGUUCACAUGCUGAGGACGCUGGAGUCACUUGCACUACAUAAUGUAUCAUAUUUUCAUUCACAUGUAUGAAAUUGUUGCAAAAUGAUUUUUAUUACUUUGCUUCAUUAAAAUCAGUUUAAUGAAUAUUUAGGGGUUAAGAAUAUUGUCCAAAGGAAAGGGAUAUUUAAAAAUCACUCGAUAAACAUAUUAAAUACCUUCUACUUACUGUACGUCUAUAUUUGAACCAUUUUAACUUCUCUAGCUUUUUAAAUGUAAUUUUCUAAUAUAGUGACUUAUGUAUUGAAUUGAAUAUAUUGAAGUUAAGCCUUCUAGAUGACAAAUGCCACUGAUAAUGAAAACACACUCUGAUCAUUGGCUCCAAUUUAUAUCUUCACCACAAGAUUACAGCUUUUGCCUUCUUUGUAAUCUAUUUAGUUGAUUUUAAUGUGAUUAAUUUUUGAAUAGGGUUGAGAAGAUUUCUUUUGUGCUCAGUUUGCAAAUUCUCCAAUCCAUACACAUUUUUAAAGGAAGAAUCUUGCCCAGCUAUCAAGGUCUCUGUGCAGUAACUAUAGCAAUGUUAAUGAUACGUUUCUGCCAUGAUGAAAAACUCAUAUUGAUGUGACUAAUAACAUGGUUAUUAACAAUAAUAUGGUUGUAUAUUACAUGGUCAUGUAUUGAUAGAGCUUUUUUUUGUCUUUUUUUAAAGUGAACCAUAAAGUUAGUUGAGAGCAGGACGUAAGAGAAAAGAACAGGCCCACCAUUGCUGUAGGUGUCUAGACAAUUUGUGGAUCAAAAAUGUCAUUUUCAACAUGGAGCUCAGUUUGUUAUGCAUUUUAAAUUAAGUUGAGCAGUUGCCUUGUUACAAUUCUAGAACACCAUGUUUAAAAGGUAAGUAAGAUCGAUACUUAACUCCAUUCUAACUAACAGCAUGCAGAUGUCUUGAAAGCAGAGGGAAGUUUCAACAACCCUUCUGUGGAGUCUUCCAUGAAGUGAGUCAAUAAUUACAACCAGAGACAGAGGCAUCUUCAGCCCUAAAGGGUUGAUGACCGUGCACAGGCCAAACUAGUACCAAGUUCACCCUGGAACCUGGUGACUCUGCCCAACUGUCUAGGUGGACAGGCAGAAAGACCAGUGAUUGCUCAAGUCCAACUGAAUCUAAUCUCAGCCUUGAGAAAAAUAAUUUCCAGGUUUCCUGAGCCCAACACACAGGAACAUGUGAUGAGAAAACAGUACCAGUACAGACUGGCUCUGCUGUCCUUUCUUUAAUAGUGAUAAGCCAAAGCACAGGCUUAAGCAUUUUUUCAUAUCCUGAGGUCUCAGCUCACAAAGAGUAACCAGACAGUACCCUCUCGCUUGCAAAGGCACCAAUGUUGUCUUGGAAUUUGAACUAUUGGAGAAGGCCUGCUGGAAAUGCACUUUUAUCGUGGUAUGUUCUGCUUGUUGAACAUAGGUGAUUUUCUCCAGCAGUGUAAUUUUGUGGUUAAGAGAAUGAACUCUGAAUCUAGACAGACUGUCUCAAACCCUAGCUCUACCUUGAGCUAAUCAUUCAUUCUCUUGGGCUCAAUUUCAUUACGCAGCUGUUUCCUUCAUAUGGUAAACAGGAUGGUGUUCCUUCACAUCAUCAGCCUGUGUGAGAGGUCUGGGAUCAGUGCUGUGGGUUAUGAAUUUUAUACUGCUGUAGGCUAUGUGGAUACCAAUUUUCCCCCGUCUGUGUAGACACUCAUAUCUUUAAAACUGAUAAGUACACUAAAAGCCCUUUUUGUAACUGAGAUAAUCUACUAAACUCAGUCCAGUGUAGGAAGGAACUUAGCCAUGCCAGUAUAAUUCGGGGGCUCGAGUUACUUUGGAAUGGUGAAUUGCAUUAACUCCUUCAGGAAGUGGUAAUUUGUGAUUUGGUUUUGAAAGGAAGGGAGGAAGAAAGUAGAGAAGGAAGGAGGGGAGGGAGGGAAAAAGGAAGAGAGAAAAGAAUACCUGACCAGAAUCAAUGUAUUCUACUUGUCUGGACACCUAGCAUCAAAAUAAAUGCAAAAUAUGCAUUAACUUAUUUUUUAAGAGGAAGAAGGAAAAAAAAAAGGGGGGAAAGGAGGUAGAAAAUAAGAAUACCGGUUGAUUAUUUGAGAAUCAAACAUAUUUUACCUCAAUUAUCUGAAUAAUGUCACCUAAAACUUUCAAUUUUUCCAAAAAAUUAUGAACCAUGGGAGUCUAUACGCAGGGAAAAUGUUGAACUGAGGCAUAUGCCUAAUACAAAUCACACAGCAAUCCUGUUAUUAAGAGGGGAGUGGAUCCUUUGGAGCCUGGGUCAUUUAGGUGUGGUCAGGAUUGCUGUGAUGGUUAUGCCCAAACCAGUCACUGGCAGGAGAACCAAACGUACCGUUGACGGAUUAGAACAGUAAGUGUGAUUUGCUCUCCAGGGCUGGAAAAGCUCAAGGUCCCAUGUUAACUAAAUGAUAUCAUGGUUCUUGACAAAACAGGAAGGGAAUGGCUGUCAAGGAGACAAUUAACAGUGUUUCCACAGAAAUAACAUUUAGGAGAUGGUUCUGUUGACAUGUUAUUGAAAUAGAAUAUAGGAAUUUUAGAAAUAUCUGUUUGGCACUAGGUGUAGCUCUGUGUCUCUUCCACAAGAAUGCUACGGGUAAAAAAAAAAAAAGACCUUAAAACAAAAUAUACAUCAAAUAAGUGAUAUAUGGUAACAAUAAUUGGUGUAA